ACAAGAUUGUCUAGACUUUGGAACAAGCAACGUUGAUUGCAUCAGAAAUUGUCUUCAGUAUAUACACAUGUACUGAAUCUACUCUUCAUUCUUUAAAUAAAACAUCACCUGAUUUAAUCAAAAACAGAGUCAAAGUAUAUCUCUAAUGAAAGUAGUGAUCUUGAUGAUUAAAUUCAUCAUCCCAAGAUAAUUAUAAUAGUAAUCUAUCUGUAUUACAAACUUUAUCGAUUAGAGAAAUAAAAGAAAAAUGAUCACAUAACAAAUAAAUAUAAGGAAAAAAAACACAAUUUUUAAAAAUGUUUCGUCGUAUUUUUUUCACUGUAUUAUUGCUACUUGAACUCGCCGCGAUAAAAAACACAUCAGUGAAAGUAACGGAAACGGAAAAAGUGUUUUUUAAUUUUAAAACGGAAAAUGGAACCAUGAAAAAUAAACCUUUUCGAAUUAUUUUUCCAGGAACACGUUGGUGUGGUGAUGGAGACAUAGCAGAAAAUAAUGAUGAUUUGGGACAUUUUAAAGAAACAGAUGCUUGUUGUCGACAACAUGAUCUUUGUUCUAAUAUAAUAUAUUCUGGUGAAUCAAAAUAUGGUCUUUCUAAUGGUGGACAUUUCUCAAGAGUAGAAUGUUCAUGUGAUGAAGAAUUUUACAAUUGCUUGUCAAAUGUCUGCUCGCCACUUGCUUUAAGUAUUGGAAUAACUUAUUUUGAUAUACUAAGACCACAAUGUUUUACACUUGAUCAUCCUUAUUUUGAUUGUAUUCAAGAAGAAAGUUAUUUAUCUUCGUGGGAAACAUGCAACAAUUGCAAAAUUGACAAAACAAAACCAAAAAUUUGGCAAUGGAGGGAAACAAAAAAUUUUGCAAAUUCAGAAAAUUCAAAAAAACUUUUCACAUGUUUUGAAAAUGUCACUGCUGAAAAAUUAAAAAUAACACAGGAAAAAAUUUCAAAUUUCAUUCACGAAAAUGGAGUUGAACCAUUAAUCAAAAUGUGUUCAAAUCUUCCCCUCGACUCAUGGUAUAAAAAAUUAUUAUGUCCCAAAAUUAUUCCAUUUUUUGUUGAAAAUUAAUUAUAUAUAUAUACAAUCUAAUCAAAUAGAUUAAUAGUUCAAAUACUAUUUAUAUAUGCGUCUAAUACUAAUUACUGAUCCCUCUACUAUGUUUAUAAAUUAUAUUUUGUAAAUUAUAUAAAUAUUAAUUCUCUAUGUGAUAUUAUCUCUAUGUGAUAUAUUAAUAAAUUAUUGUUAAAAAUA